GCAGACAGUGUGAUGAAGACAUUCGUAUUCUAAACACAAUUUAUUUUUAUUGAAGAUUUAAAAUAAUUCAUAAUCAUAUUAUUAUUAAUAUUAUUAUUUACUUUUGUUUCAAGACUAAAUAGUGUUAUUUAUAUCUAUAUGCGAAUGGUUUUUUUUUCUUUUUUACUUUAUAUUUUACAAUAUAAUUUAUUAAAUUUAUCAAAUUGUUAAAUUGUUUUAAACAUUGUUUUAAUUUUUAUUUACAAUCGAGUAAAUGUUGUUGACAACAACUAUACAUUCAUCUUAGAGAACCACGCUACUAUUAAAUGUCAGCCAUUAUGUGGUGCGCUACUCUGGUUUGCAUCUCAGCUUUGGUGACAUGUGUGAGCACCGCAGGUAUUUUGUACCCACGAGAGUCCGAAUCUCGGGAAGUCAAAUCGCUGGAUGGCAUGUGGAAUUUCAGGCUAUCUCUUCCCGAUCCCCUCGUCGGUUUCAAGGAACGCUGGUACAUGAAAGACCUAAGCAAGACUGGUCCAGUGCUUCAAAUGCCGGUGCCCAGUAGUUACAACGACGUGAUGGUGGACAAGAAAAUCAGAGACCAUGUCGGUUUGGUUUGGUACGAUAAAUCAUUUUUCGCGCCAGAGUCGUGGAGGCAGCAGGGUUAUAGAGUUUUCUUAAGAUUUGGCAGUGUUAAUUACGCAGCUCAAGUAUGGGUGAAUACACAUUUAGUACUCAAUCACGAAAUUGGACAUUUGCCUUUUCAAAGAGACAUAACAGCUAAUCUAAAGUUUGGACGUCUGAAUAGAAUAACCGUAGCCGUGGAUAACGUUUUAUUAGCAACGACUGUGCCACAAGGAUCUUUACAAAACAUUAGCACAAAUACUGGACCUAAGACCAUACAAACGUAUACGUUUGACUUCUUCAACUAUGCCGGUAUACAUAGGUCCGUGUUUUUGUACACAACACCUGUUGUGUACAUCGACGAUGUUGACGUGACGACCAAUUACACCGAGGAUAGCGUAGGUCUUAUUAAUUACAAAAUACAAUAUGGAGGAUCGCUGAGCAGUGGCGAAACGUUAAAUUGUUCCAUAACAGUGCUGAACAAUGAAAACGUGCGAGAAAAAUUCACCGUGAUCACCGACGACGAAGAAGGUCUGUCGGGAAUUAUAAAAAUCGAAAACGCAAAACUUUGGUGGCCGUAUUUGAUGCACGAAGAACCGGGGUACAUGUACACGUUGGAGAUCCGGCUUUCGACCACUUGGAAUGUGGACGACGUAUACCGAUUACCGGUCGGGAUCAGGACGAUCAAGUGGACGAAUACGGCGUUCCUCAUCAACAACAAACCGGCGUACUUGAGAGGGUUUGGGCGACACGAAGAUUCAGAUAUACGAGGGAAAGGAAUGGAUUACGCGCUGGUGACUAGAGACUACGACCUCAUCAAGUGGAUCGGAGCGAAUUCUUACAGGACGUCCCACUACCCGUACGCGGAAGAAAUCAUGGACUUUGCAGACAGACACGGCAUAAUGAUCGUAGACGAAUGUCCCAGUGUUGACACCGAUAAUUUUUCUGAUAAACUAUUGAAGAAACAUACUACGAGCUUAGCGGAACUCAUCAAGAGGGACAAGAAUAGACCUAGUGUGAUCAUGUGGUCCAUUGCAAAUGAGCCACGAUCGCAUCACAAAGAAGCCGAUUCAUAUUUCAAGUACGUUGUGGAAUUUGUCAAAUCUAAGGAUAAGACACGCCCAGUUACUGCCGCUCUGAACAAAUGGUACAGCAUUGACAGGGCGGGUCAGCACUUAGACAUCAUCGGUUUCAAUAGGUACAAUGCUUGGUACACAUUACCCGGUCACACGGAGAUCAUCCAGAGCCGGAUAGAAGAUGAAGCAGCCAAAUGGCACGCCAAACACAACAAGCCGGUUUUCAUGACGGAAUACGGUGCUGACUCGUAUGCCGGUUUGCAUAUGAGUCCUUCGUUCGUUUGGUCUGAAGAAUAUCAGGUAGAACUGAUGUCCGAACACUUCAAAGCGUUUGACACACUCCGAACUAAAAACUUCUUCAUCGGCGAAAUGAUAUGGAAUUUCGCGGACUUUAAAACCGAACAAACUGUCACAAGGGUAGGAGGGAACAAGAAAGGCGUUUUUACGCGACAGCGAGAGCCUAAAUCGUCAGCAUAUCAUCUGAGGAAAAGAUAUUGGGCAUUGGCCAACCAAUUGGACGGUGCGCAAUUACCUUGCAACAUUAAAUCUUACGUGAUAGAUAACGACGGACAAAAUAAUGUUGAACUUUAACAACGUUCUAUACUAGGUAGCAGUAAUUGUCAACCGUGUUUGUAACAGUCUUCCUAAAAAUAUGAAAUAUGAAUAGGUAUACAUUAGCUCAAGCCCGGAUUAAGGAUCAAUUGGGCCCCGGGACACCUUACAUUUAGUGGCCCCCCCUCUCAACUUUAACUUAAAAAUAAUUAUUAACGACUUUCUAUUAUUGUAUAAUUUUUUACUAUAAAAAAAUAUACAGAGUGUAUGAUAUGUCAUUGUACGCGGGUUUUUUUUAACAAUUAUGAAUCGAUGGCAUGGAAUUUCGUUAAAACAAAAAAAGACGCGUUUCUUUAUUUUUAACAAGCAAUUUUUAAACACGCAGUUAUUGUACUAAUGAUAGAAUCGACUUUAUUUUUUCAAAUGGUAAAUACUAUAUUUUUUUAUGGAUUCUGAUAAAACUUUUUUUCUGAAUAUUUUGGUAGUCAAAUGAUCAAUUUUGGUUGGGUAGGGUAUUAACUAUAGUCCUCUAAAGUUUAGUUUAAUAUGCAUUAAUACUUUUAACUGAAAUACCUAAUUUACAAGAGCUAAAUAUUUUUUUCUUAUAACUACUUUUUUGUAUACUUAAAUAGUUAAAUCGGUAAUUUGAAAUGUUCAAAAAAAAACCAAACAAACAAAUAAACAAAAAUUGUUGGCAAACAUAGUUCAUUAUUUAUAGUAAUUUUUCGUGGUAUAAAAUAAAGAACAAUUUUAUUUUAUAAUUAUUAAGAAUAAUUUACCUACUAUACCUACCUACUUAAAUAAUUAUUUAUUUUUUUGAAAACUGUAUUGGACGCGUUAAAAAAAUAUAUUUUGGGGAUUAAGAUGGUCUCUCAAAAUCAAUGGACCCCGGGACCGUGCCCUAUAAUCCGGGCUUGCAUUAGCUGAUAAACUGUAAGAUUUAUAUUUGGGUAUUUAUUGAUAAUAUUCUAAUUUAUAACAAUACCUAUAAUAUAAAUUAAAAUAGUUGUUCGGAUAUACCAAGAAUAUUAUGCUUAGAAAUGUAAGCGAGUUUUUAGUUGGAUUGCAUUUUAAUGGCUUAUAGCGAAGUUACUAUUAUUUAAAAUGUAAGACUAUACUUAGUCAAUUACCUAAUACAUAUUAUAUACAAUUAACUGUGUUCCGUGCUAUAAUUUUUAGUUUCAAAACAUAAUAUCCUAUAAGUUAUAAGGCAGGUGCCUUGUAAUUUAUGUAAUUUAUUUUUAAAUGAUUACAGUAGGAUCAUAUUUCGAUUUUAAAUGAUGUACACCAACUGCGUUUUGUGGAAGUAGGUACCUAAUAAAAAAAAAAAAAAAA